AUUCUGCGGAAUUUACAUUUGCGUCAAGGUCAUUUCGGCAAAAGUAAUAAGCAGGUGGUCUAUUAUUAGAAUUUCCCGAAAAGACCAAUUAUGUACUCAACUUCAAAAUGAUGCUUUGAGAACGCUUUAUAUGUCGUUCGCGAUACACCUCAAAUAAACAGUGCGAAAUAUUUGUGCUUCCAUUACAGAUUGUUGCUUUUUCAGUCUUCUUUAUACUGGGCAUAUUUUGUUUUGUGUUGUGGUAUGUCAACAGGUUAUCACCCUUUACAGGUUUCAAAACUGUCUACUAAUUACAAAUUCACAUUUACUGUUCCUUUUAUUAUGAUGUCAACUCUUGGUACUGAUAGCCAAUACUUAUUGGAAAUAGAGUACAUGGACUCCAUUGAACUGCCUUUUAGUAGAGUUUACAUCCUUUAGUUAUAAAGUAAUCUAUGAUAAGAGAUCGUAGCGUUUUGUUAGGGGGAUGGUUUAGACGCGAAUAUCUAACAUAUGUUAAUAGAUUACUAUUGUACCCGAGCUGCCAAUUUCGGGGAAAAUUUGGCCCAUUUUGGGGAAGCCGCUACAGUAAAUUUUGGGGAAAUGAGACACAAACCUCAAAAUUUCCAAAAACGUUGUCAAAGUUUCCCCAAAGUUGGCAGCUUGGGUAUACACAACAAACUGACGUAAGCUAUAAUGCGAGUAAUAUUUUCGCGCCGAAAUUCAAUACGCUUGUCCACAUACCCCACUUCUGGCCUAGUUCUCCUGUGGUUGUGUGUAAAGGAAUUAAUUUUCAAGUUUCUCUGAGGGAAACGAUCAAGUUUAUUAAGUUUACUGUCAACUAACCGUCCUGAUACUCUGUAAUUUCGACUACAUUUAACGAUUAUUAAAUUACUGCACACCUCCUCAGGCUUCGCAGACAGCAGAUACCUGCAACAGUGUAUGUAUUUCAGGCUCUACGUUGAACUGAAUUCAGUCAUUUAUUCGCACCAUUGUGUGUUGUUAAAGUUUACUAAGUUGUUUCGACACAUUAUUGUGGACCAAUGUGCUUUUUGUACAAAGGUUCGGUCAGAUCGUAAUUUGUAUUUGACUUCUGUUGAAGUUACUCUCUCACGUUGAGUUGCUUCAGCACAUCGCAUUUCCAUCAGUUACGUUUGUAUUUUUCCAAGUGUCAUUUAGGGUGUGAAUGAGUAAGAACUAUCACUUAAUGUCAAUUCAAGACAUUCAUGAAGGUUAUUUAGUUAUAAUCAUUCAAUUUGUUUUUUUUGCAGUUCUUAAAUAUACUUCCACUUGGAGUGUCAGGUUUUCUACGAAGCAAUCACUUCUUUGGCCUUGACUUUAUUUGGUAUUUAUGGUGGUUUAAGAACAUCUAAAAUGACAGAUUGGUUUCAUAGGAAUCACUUAAAGGCUACUGCUAAGUAUACUUUCGACGUUGGUGCAGUUGCUAAAGAUUUAAGCUGCAAGGCUCUAUGCAGUGACGCUGCAAAACGUCGUGUUGAACUUCUCAAGCUAAUAUCGGAUCCAUCAGUACCAUGUGAAGCAGUCAUAACUUCCUUGAAUCGAUAUUUACAGUUAUUAAUGGGAUUCAUUGUGUCAACUGAUAAUAAAACGCCGUUCAGUAAAUUAAGAGGUCUCGUUUGUGUGAAAUGGUGUGACAGUAUAAAGCCGAAGGGUGAACCAAUUGUUCGCUCAGAUUCUAUCUUUGAAUUAUACUCAGUACUUUUCAAUGUUGCUUUAUGGUAUACUAAACAUGCAGCAAAAGUUGCUUCUAACGAGAAUGUUUCAGAAGAUGAAGCCAAGGAUGUUCAUUUAUCACUUAAAACAGCUGCCGGAUUGUUUAAUUUAUUACGGACAAAGUAUAUGCAUGAGUUUACAGAAUUUGUUCCGAACAGUGAUAUGGAUCCAAAUAUUCUGGAUGCCUAUAUAAAUCAGUCGUUAGCAGAAGCUCAAGAAAUUACUGUUGCCAGAGCAAUUGAAUUAAAACAUAAACCAUAUUUAAUCGCUGGUUUAGCUAAUGAAACUGCUAAGUUUUACGAAAAAUGUGGUUUGGCUUUAACACAAUGUAAUCCUAAAGUUGUUGGGAAAUGGAAAAAAUAUUCAGAAUUUAAACAGUUCUGUUAUGAAUCAUAUGCGUAUGUUUACUAUGGUGAGGACUUAUUGGAAAAGGGAAAGGCAGGUCAAGCUGUGGCAAUUCUUAAAGAGGCAUCUGCUCCAUAUGAGAAGGCGAUUCGUGCUGCGCGUGAAUACACAAAAGUUGAAGGUGUCAGUUUGUCAACUAAACCACCUGAUCAUUGUUUUUUCCGUCGUCUGCCUGGACUAAUUGAACGUACACAUAAUAAAUGUGAACGUGAAAAUGGAUUAAUAUAUCAUCAGAAAGUUCCAAGUGUCGCUCCAUUUUUGGAAAUAAAAGCGGAAUAUGGCAUCGCAGCGCCCAAAGAACCUGAGCUCAAUUUUGAGUUAGAUCCCAGAUGGAAAGACGCUUACGUUGGGUUUGAUACUAGCAAAGUAGUGGAGAAUAUUUUAUCAAACUCCAAAAAUUCAAAGGAUCACAAACAUUCUGGAACCAAAGAUGAACCAGUUGAGCCAGUUCGUGAAAUGCCUAUUUUUAGUACUGAUAAAGAUCCGAAAAAUGACAGUGGAUGUGUCAUAUCGUAAUAUGAAUUUUUACAAAAUUAUCUUCGGAAUUUCGUUACAAUUUUAUCCUUUGGUUUAAAAAAAUUUUAUAUUACAGUAUGUGUAUUCUUUCUAUAAUUUUUAUAGGUUUGACAACCAAUAUAUGUGCUAUGGUUACUAAAAAUGUGAUGAUCAUUAAUUAGCUUUUUAUCUUUAUUUCUAUUCAUGAUUUAUUUUCUUUCUUUUGUUAUGUGACGCGUACUCAGUUAUGGUGUUUUUGUUGAAUAUAUUGUAUAUA